AGCUAAGAGCUAGGGUGGGAGCGAGAGGCGCUCCUCUCUAGGGCUAGCCCCCUCCACCGCACAGGAAACGGGGCAGGAGGGCGGACCCCCAUCUCAUGUAGGAAUGCCUUGUCCCCAGGGUGAGCCCUCAGGCCUCAUACUGGGUACAGGGACCUCGGCCAGCACUCAAAUUGCAUUCCCUGUAGGAAAGCCAGUGAAGGCGGUGCCAAAACAGAGUGCCAAGUGUCACAUGGUAAGGGUACCAGUUUCUUCCUGAGCCAUGACCAGAGCCAUUCCCAGAUAAAUGAGGUUUCCUGGAAGGAUGUUACCAGUGCCUUAUCUCUGGCCAACAUGGUGCUGGGGCUCUUCUCCAUCAUCUUCAGCUUCAGCAGGAAACGCCACUAUGCCUCCUGGAUGCUCCUGGUCAGCUUCCUGUUAGACAUGGCAGUCAGGGCAAUGACCAGCCACAUCAACAUCUGCUCCAAAUUGGGAGCCGAGCUGAAUGACUUUGCCGUCUUCACCACCUUCGGCUUGGCCUCCGCUCUGCUCCUAGGCGUGGAUGGACUUCUGAGUGGGAUCCUGGCCAUCAUCUAUGUGUCAGCUGCUUCUUUCCACUUGUGCUUUUAUUCAUCUGGAGUCCCCUCCACAUACAAGGGUCUACCCUGCCCCUAUGCUUCCUGCAUCUUGGCUUCCACCUCCCUUCUGACCAAAGGCAACAGGUUCAUCCUCUGCUGCAUGGCCUCACUCAUGAUUCUCUUCAUGAUGGACCAGAGCUACUAUCCAUAUGACAAAAUCCUGGAGUCUGAGAACUGGAAAAAAUUGGUUUAUAUAGGAGGUGUCAUCAUGCUGUUUUUCUCCCCAUUGUCUCUGUCUGCUUUUUACUGCCUGAUGUGGUCGCUCUCGUACAUCUUCUUUCCAGAUGCUCUGUGGGGCAAGGCAGCCUGUCUUUCGCCACAGCACUGAGGAAGCUAAGCAGCUCUACCAGCUCCUGCCGGCCUCUGUGGGGUUUGUGUCAGCAUAUUGGGUCAAGCCUGCACUAAAGCUUUGUAUGUGUA